CACCCCUCCUUCAAUAGUAUUUGCCAUUGUCAUUUCAUAGACAAGCUUAGACUUCUUUUUUUCAGUAUUUGAAAUUUCUUACUAAUUCAGAUUCACGUUGAUUAUAUGUGAGGAUAUUUCUUUGUUGCUGCCAUUUGGUAAACAGGUUUAGUACAUCUCUUUUCAAUCGAAAAACAAAUUAAUGAUCGCCAUAUUCUAUUUUUAGUAAAAUAUUUGUUUCUCUUCCGUCCAGUGUAGCUUUCCAACCGUUUGGACUAGUCAGGUUCUGUGCAGUUUGAUGGGUUUUUAAGGAAAGUGGAGAUUUACAUAAGAAAGCAAAUCAGAUUGCAAAAUUACCAUUCAAUAGUACUCACAAAAGGAAGCAAGUAAUUUUGAAUUUCCAUUCCCAAAAGAUUAUUAAGGGAAAAAAGCAUUUAUUACCUUACCUGCAAAUAAUUAAUGCCCCUCAACUACAUUAUUACCAGCGGGGGAAUAAUUCUCUUUUUCACCUCCUCUAUUUCCUUGGUUUCUCCACUAGUACUCAGCCAUAAAACAAAAAACGUAACGUUUUCAGCGGAAGCAGUAGAACUGGGCUGUAAGGUGAAAAUUAAAGGGGUUGGCCAUGGAAGCCAUCAGAAAUUGGGCAGAUUUAGGGAUUGUUGAUACUAUUUAUGAAGACGAUGCUGAAGAUUCCUCUACUUCUUCUCUUUCGAUCUCUCCAGGAAUCUCCCCAUCUCCCCGCUCUAAGGUCGUCUCCUGGUCACAAGUUACUGGAAAUGAGACUGAUGUAGUCAUACAUGUUGAGAGCUCACGUUUUCGCUUACACAAGGAUCCGUUGGCAGCAAGGAGUGGAUUUCUGAAAAGAAAGCUGAAGGGUCUGUCCGAAUUAACCCUCUCUCCGCCGUUAAAGAUAACGGCCGAAACAUUCUCUUUGAUCGCAGAGUUUUGUUAUGACUCGCACAUCGUCGUUACGCCGUUUAACGUCGCCGCACUUCGUACGGCGGCGGAAUUGCUAGAGAUGACGGAGGCUAAUAACAUUGCCGGUGGCGAAAACUUGGCUCAGAAAACGGAAGCAUAUUUCCGCCGUGUAAUUGCCGUUAAUCGUGAAUAUGCAUCGAUCGUGCUGCGUUCUUGUGUUUCUCUGCUCCCGGAGUGUGAAACGACAUCGCCACUGUUGAGUAGAUGUAUUGAAGCGUUAAGUUUGGUAGACAACGGUGACAGCAUUAUGAAGUGCCUCAGCGAAGUUAAAGAGUUGCGGCCUGUGGAAUUUCAGUUAAUCGUGAUGUCCAUGAAUCGGUGGUUGAGUGGAAGCCAUGAUCAACUCUAUAGAGUUGUUGACCUUUAUCUUAAGGAAUACAAGGGGAAGAUAACAGAUGAAGAAAAAAUCAUAAUGUGCAAUUACAUCGACUGUAGCAUCCUUUCGCCACAACUUCUCAUGCAUGCGGUCCAAAACGCCAGAAUGCCAUUAAGGUUUGUGGUCCAAGCCAUGUUCAUUGAGCAAUUGAGCACCCGCCGCUCUAUCCUAACGUCCACUGCUGCUGACAACCACGAUCAUCACAUUGAUCUUCUCCGAAGCAAAAAUGAUGUCAGUUUGGGUGCAAUUCUCGAGCGAGACGCAGCACUUCGUCAAGUGUCACAGCUUAAGGCAGCUAUGAACGCCACAAGCUCGCGAAUCCAGAGUUUAGAGCAAGAGUUGAGUGGCAUGAAGAAACUUCUUAACGAAUCAGAUCAAAACGCGAAGAAUAACUCUGCUCGCUCUGCUAGUUUUCGAUUGAGUUCCGAGAAUAAGAUCGAUAGAGGACAAAUUGGAUCAGUUUCAUCAGCAAGCUUCCGGAUACUUACCGCUAGAGAUAGAGCGGUUAUGGGAUCGUCUAAUUCAUCAGAAGUAUCUUACGAGAAAGUGGAAAAGAUAAAUUUUAGUAGAAGGUUUAUGAAUGGAUUGAAGAGCGCAUUCCGAGUAUCAAAGAAGAAAACAGAGACAAAGGUGGAAAACGUAAAAGAGACCGAAGAUGGUAAACAACAACAUGGGGAAGUUGUGGUGAUAAAGAAGGAUGUGCCUUUUCGCAGGCAGCCUCGUUCUCUAGAUUAAAAAAAUAAAGUCCUUCGUUUGCACAUUUUUUUUAGAUUUAUGUGUUACUUGAGCUUUUGUUGAAUUUGUCUUCUCCUA